CACUCACCUCAAAAAUUGCGUUUCAUAUAAUCAACUCUUUUCUGCUAAUCAAAUCUCUUUGUUUGACGCUUCAGUUUGUGCCCCAAAAGAGAAAAUUUUCUAAAUUAUGGGUUCUGAAGGAAACAAGUUUAUCGACGGUACAAGCUUCCAGCCGGCGGAGCCAACACCGUGCGGAAACGGUUGCGGAUUUUUCGGCACGGCGGCGACGAUGGGACUUUGUUCAAAGUGUUACAGAGAUUAUAAGAUGAAGGAAGACCACGCGACGUUGGCUAAAGUAGCGAUGGAGAAGCUUGUUAUAUCUAGGGCUCAAGUUGUAACGGCCGGAAAAGUUGCUCCGUCGUCGUCGACGGCAGUGGUUGAAAAGGCGGCGGUAUCGGUAGCGGAGGUCGCCGGGAGUGAGGCGAAGGUGGCGGUGUCAAACCGGUGUUUGACUUGUAGGAAGAAAGUGGGGGUAGUGGGUUUCAAGUGCAGAUGUGGUAGUACCUUUUGUGGGACCCAUAGAUACCCAGAGCAGCAUGAUUGUACCUUUGAUUUCAAAUCUAAGGGGAAAGCAGAGAUUGCUAAAGCUAAUCCUGUAGUUAAGGCUGAUAAAAUUGAUAGGUUCUGAGCCGCCGAACCAAAAUUCAGCUCGGGGUAGGAUUUUUUUUUUUUUUUUUUUUUAAUUUGUGGCGUUGAUUUGGUGUUGGGUAGAACAGGCUGGAUGGGUGGUUAGGUUCGCUUUGGAAUUUAUGAAUGUAAAAUAUAUUUGCUAUUUAUUUAUAUAAUUUGCUUCCAAUUGCUCAAUGA